GCGGGUUGCAUUGAGAGGGAUGCCUCGGGUCACGCCCCCUAUUAGCACGUGGUUGUCAGUGGGAGCUGGAAAGUGACAGCUGCACGCUCGGCAUGGAGGGGAAAGGCAGGAAGAGGGAGCCCGAGGUGAGCCUGGGGGCCGGGCAGGAGGGGGUUAAUGCCCCGGUGAGGGCAGAGACUGGCAGCCUGUGUACCCCAGUGCGAGCACUCAGUGCUGCCGGUGACUUGUUUACUCUCUGUUAGUACAUACUGUGGGAGCAGUGAGCUGGGUGUCAUCCAACUCCGUGCCCUCUGCUCUAGUUCUCUGUGUACAGACUGCUAACAUGGAUACAGACAGGGAGUAUACUGUCAGCAGCCACACAGCCUGAGAGCAAUAAACCACACAGAGAGCUACUCUGAUAAACUACUUAGAACUUUUAUACAACACUCCCCCUCCCUCCCCUAUAUUGCAGUUCGAGACUUUGAACUAAAACUUGCAAUUGUCUGCUCAGUUUUUGGAUUAUUGAAUAACAUUGUUUUUGUUUUUUUACUUAUGACGGAGUAUAACCCUGUCCCUGUCUAAACAUAGCUUCUAUUCUAAACUCCCCUUCCUGUCCCAUACUUCCAAUCCUCAAACACCUGUCAAUGGUUGUGUUCCCAAAUCUUUCAGUUUAUGGAAAUAGUACUCCUAUAUCUAGUGCAUAAAUAUAUUGUAGAUUGUAAGCUCAGUGGGUCAAAGCCUACUUGAUCUCUUGUUUUUCUUACAUUUCAAGUUAAGGGGUCAUAAUUUUUAUGUUUAAAAUAAAAAUGACAUGUAUAAUAACUUCUGUGUGUAUGAUUUUGUGCUGCAUCAUUAUAAGUAGAUACCGAAUGCAUUGCUUGUUCUACCCAUGCUUUGUAGGGCAGCCAUCUGUAAAGGAACACUCCAGACAUCAUAACUCAUUUAAAGGGGUUUCUUCAGUUAAAAACCAGCGUUUUCUAAAACCUUGGUUCUGGUUGGAGUAAACUCUUGUGUCCAUACCCAGUAUGCUGUCUGUGCUGGCGUUCUAAGCCGAUUAUGCACAGAAUUGAUACUAGUCAGUCUGAAACUCUUUUCUGGCUGGUGACGCUUUUAGACGUGGACUUACACCUACAGCAGUAAAAGGGUUCAUCUCUGUGCAUCUUUUCAAAGUAUAACCUAUACAUACAGGCAUCACGACCACUUUAAAUCAUUGACAUGGUGAUGGUGUAACCAUUUCAACAUUUUAAAGUGGUUAUGGUACUAGGAGACCACCUUUUGAUUUCUUUCAAUUAAAUGCAUUUUCAGUUUGUCAAACAGUGCGCUAAAGCAGAACUUUAGUAGCUCUGCCUAGGUUCACUGUCAACAAGGCAUUACACUUUCUGGCUAUCAUACCAAUGAGUUAGCAUGUGAACACGCGCAACGUGCUAAUGUGAGAGGGUCUUGGAUGCGCUGCUCACCGUGACUCUGUGAUGAUUGGUGCAGGGCACGUUCACAGUGCAACGCUUGGCACCAUUCAUCAUGAAUACAACUCCCAGGGAGCAACAUCUGCAAGUCCCUAAAAGAUCCUUCACUGCAUAAUAUUCACAUAUAUAAUAAACCUUCUGGUGAUAUCAAUACAGGAAAACUACAAGCACUAUAACUACUACCUGGGUGAUGCAGUGUUUUAUGGUGCUAGGAGUGCCAUGGUUUCCCCUGUGUAAGUAGUGGUUAAACAACUUAACUUGGGUAUGCAGUCCACUGGCCAAGUCUGUCAUAAGAUCCCGAAGCCCUAUUCACUGAGGCAGCCUGGCAGUGGAGGGCUUAUCUCAAAAGUGGAAGAAUCAGACAAUGGCCAUUGGAUCCAAGAUAAAUUGUCAAAUCAUUAGCAAAUGGCUUGACUACUGAUAUCUGGGAGAGGGCAAUCCCUGCACCAUAACCACCGCAGUGAUUUCUUUGUUUGAAGUGUUAGAUUAAAAUACUUUAACCAUAUUAAAGUUUAUAUUUGCAAAGGUACUGUAUUUAGAAGUGAGUACAGUUCCAAAAAUAGGUAGGCAGCUUGAUUUGACUGCAAACAACUUAUUUUUAGCUUCUGCAGUGCUUACUGCAUGCCCUAAGCUGACAUACUCGGGCCUGGAUCAAAAAUUAGGCAUGUUAAAGAUUUAAAUGUUGCGUGGAUGAAUAAAAUAUUCUGUUCAAAGUGAAGCAUCUAAUGCUAUACAUUAUGUUGCCCACUUACUAACUUACUUUUAGCUGCAUAAUAAAAACUGUAACUUGAAAUUAGUUAAUUAUUGCUCAGUUUUUAUAACCACUAUUUGAUUAUAAAAAUCAUUUCAGAAACAUGAUAGUAGUAUGUAUUAAUUAGUGGUGGUGAUAAGUCGUUUGUGGUUUGCCAAAACCAACACAUGGAUAGGCCUGUAAAUAAGGGAGGGCCCACCAAGGAGAUGAAUGGAAUAAAUAAAUUAAGGGAUGAGGUGGGUGUGAUGACCUGAAACGGAACGGCCGAACGGCUCAAGUAAGGGGGGGACAGGGUUUUUAUAGGAUAAACCCCUUCCACAAAUACAAGCCUUUGGCCUUAAACAUAUAUUUAUUUUCCUGCGCACUUUUAUACAUGUAUCCCAUCAUUUAUUAUACCUAAUUUUUGAGGAUGGAAAUAUAAAACCAUUUUAUUGUAUUGAAUGUAUUCAAGUGUGCAGCGCAUUUAAGUAGACUAAGAAACCUUCUUACUUUUGCUCCAUGACUAGUGAGACUUUCCACUAAAUAGAGAAUGAGCUGCAGAUUACCAAUUUAUUCUAGUACAGUACUUUAACAUUUAAGCUCUAGUCAUCACUAGUACAACUUAAACGUACACUCCAAGCACAACUACAAACCUCUGUAGUGAUUAUGGUGUGAUUGGUGUCUUUGCAUUGUCCUACUGUAGGUAGUCAAAGUAUUUUAAAGCAACCAACUUAUCUUGGUCCUGAUGGGUGUACAUGGCCACAUAUCCUGAACCUGGUCUUCUCCUUUAGGAGAAUCCAGUUAGCUUUAGAGAGGUAAGAAGGACCAUAGAUUGUCUGAGUGUGGCGUUUGAGCACUCUCAACCAAUGAGUGCAACCCUGUAUAAGCCAGGCUAAGCUCUAUAGAGAAACCUGGCUUCUCUUGCAGGAGAAGUCUUCUUAAUGGGGUAUGGGAGGUUUGAGUACUUCCCAUGGGAUGGUGCCAGGUGCCUACAGUAGUUGUGGUACUCAGUGUUCUUUUAAGGAGAGCCAUAAUUAGGGUGCAUACACAAGUCCCUGCGGACACCAGUGUUCAUGUCACUUGCUGAUCGUAAACCAUAAAUUGCAUGCAUUUACUCUUAAAUGGUCAUUGAGCAUUUGUUUUAAGCUGGUAGAGCAGUGUUGGUCAUUAUUUAAAACCCGAUCUCUCCAGCAUCAACAGAAAUUGACCUGCAAAUUACACCUUGGCAUGAGGGUCUGAUAGGCCAAGCCAAAAAUGGAAAAGUAAAGCUCUGAUAAACAGCAUAGAACAUAGAAAUAGAUACAUUGAAUCAAUGUGUGGUGUAUCAAACAAGGUUUCAUUUAAAUGAAAGCAGAGGAACAUUUCAAGCACCAUAACCACUACAGCAUGGCUAAUGUAUACUACAGGCACUAAAAUAUCAAAUGAUGUAGGAAGUGCUGCAAGUCUGACAGUCACUAGAGACUUUCUCUCUACCAAAUUCAUUCCUCAGAAACUGCAAUGUUUUCCAUUGUAAAAGAAGGGACAUGGUAUAUGAGCUAAUACCUCUUCAUUAAAAUGUAGUGGCUUUGGUACUUAGAGUCCCUUUAAAGUAAAACUUGGUUAAUUUUUUUUAUUCAUAGAUAAACCACUAACAUUGCAAAAUAGAUCUUUUAUAAAGUGUAAGAUUAAAAAAGACACUUGUCCUUUGUAAUACUAACUUUGCCAGUCUUCCCGAGAUAACUAAAUCAGAGAAACAAGCUCCCCUUCCAGCAUCUCCUUGAUGACCGCAUGUUAUUGAUUGCCCACUAUGUCCUUUUGCUAGUAUCUGCCAUUCAUUAAACUGUGCACUCUGGGUUCCUGCAGAGCAUCAAUUGGUAUGCUAGUACUAGACUUCCUGUUGCUCUUAAAGUGACUCUCAAACUUACCUUUCUGCUAUUUUCUUUCUUUCGUCUUUUCUUUUUUUUUAAAUUCUUUAUUUUUGUAGUGCAAAAAACAUUACAGAUAGGCUUGCAGAGCUACAACAGCUAGUGCAAGUUGUUCUUUCAAUGCAAGUAAACAAUUGUAGGCAUCAAUAACAUAGCACAUUUUUUGUGUAUUUUGUUGCUAUUACCGGUGGGAGCCUAGUAUGCAACCCCUGUCUAAGGUCGCGAAAUAGAUAUUCUGUGUGUACAGGCGGGGCAGGGUGCAUGAGAUGCCUCUAAUACAGAAGAGUGGAAUAGGGUCCAGGUUAAAGAGGCUUGUAAGCUAAUGGGGUGGUAUUAUCAGUAGAUCUGAUGGUAAAGGGAAGAAAAGCUGGAGCAGUGUGUGGGAAAUUCUCUUAAGAGGUACAUUUCUUAUGACAUAUGUAAAGGCUUGGCCUGCAGUUAUGGGAGGGGCAUGUUACCCUACUUAAACUCCCUACUCACCUUCCUCCGUCCCGUACGUAUCUUUAGCGAUUUCCUUGUCCCCACCCUCUAUCUAUACUUUUCAUUACACCUCAUGGGUGGGCCCUCUUUUCUUACAGGCCUACCACGAUGUCGGUUCUGGCACACCUCAGCCAACUUAUUUCCCCCUUUACUUCCUUAUGGCCUUUUUUGCCCCUCACACAAAUGUACUAAAGACAAAACUAUAAAUUUGUAACAGUAGUCAUGGAGGUUUCAGAAAUAAUAAACAAAACUCUACAGCAUCAGGCCGCAUUGGUUGCAAAGAGUUCAGGGCACCGAUGUGGAUGCUGCUUCUCCUCUCUGGGCCACUAGUACGAAUGGGCGCACUGUAAUGGGAUUCCAGACUGCGGGCUCAUGGUGUUGGUGUGCGCAGUUUGCUUCAUCGGUAAGGUAUGUUGUGUGCUUGGAGCUCUUUAGUUAAGGGUCUCUGGGACCGUCCCCAGUCCAUGGUGGCCUUGGAUUGAUCGGGGUAGAAGGUUAAGGAAUAACCCUCAAAGUGUAAAGGGGUCUUAUUAUGCAUGGCUGCCAUGACGGCUAGGCAGUCUCGGCCUUGCUGGAAUCGGAUGAUUACAUCUUUCCCCCCUUCUGUGGUACCUGUCUGUUGCCUGGAGAUCCGGUACCAGCUAUCCAGGGGCAUCCCAUUGACCUGUCUGGCCAUUGAGUGCGUGCUGAACAUUCUGCGAAAUAGGUGUGGUAGUUCAUCUGUCUCCACUGCAUUAGGUAGGCCGCAAUCUUUGAUGUUCUUCCUGCGCCUUUUAUCUUCCAUCGCUGCCAUGCUGUCUUGGUGUUGUCUUUGGACCUUUUGCAGGGCCAGGAGUUUCUGCUCUACUGUCACAAGUCGGGUCUCUUGUGCGGCAGUGUUAAGCUCUGUGUUUUGCAGUCGGGCUGAUACACUGCUAAUCUCUUCGCGGAACUUGCCGAUGUCACCUGCAAUGUUGCGGCGCAGUUCACCAAGCAUGUCCCUCGGUGUCGCCUCUAUGAUCGGAUGCUGUGUAGGAGAGUGGAUCAGUCUGCUCAUAGCCCGUUCACCGCAGUCACCCUCUUCAGGCACAGAUGCCUCGCUGGACGAGUUGUACCGGCUCUCCAUCUGCGGCGCCAUUGUGGGCCUUUGGGAGUGUUGAGGCCUCCGAUAUCUGCGGUGGUAGGGGGUCUGUCCGGCUUAGGCUUUUUGCUAUGUCGCCCCAUGCCCUCUGGGGAACAGGCUGCCUCCAAGGGUGCUUUCAGGGUAGGUUUUCCUCCAUUUUUGGACUUAGUUAAGCUUUAUUAGAUCGGAGCUCGAGGCAUGUGCGUCCUCUCAGUAUGGCUGCUUGCGGUCUUUUGUCUUUUCUUAAUAUUUUAUCUAUUCUCUUUAAAGUACGAGGCAAAGUAGGGACUGCUUUGUAUUACGUAUUUUUCCUUCGCUUGACAGGCUGGAGUGUAAGGCAAGCUCCACUAUCUGGACAAAGAAAAAGGAGAUUGCCUUAUGCCAUAAACUCCACCCUUUGUAAAGAUUGCCGAGCGUAGGAAAAAUACAUAAGACAGGGUAGUCCCUGCUUUUUCUUAUGUUUUAAAGAGAAAUAGAUCAGAAAUGAAGAACAGAUUCUUAAAACGGAAGAGAAGAGGAAAAGAUAGAAGAAAGGUAAGUUUGAGAUGACAGAGCAACUUUAAACUCACUCUUGAACUCACAAAGCCGUACUAAAACCCCAAAAAAGUAUAUAUUGUAGUAUAAUACGGUUAUACCAAUGCCAUGACUGUAGUAAUUGUAGCCAAGUGAGAAACUCAGAUCUCUAGGUAGAAGGUAUGGGCGGUUAAAUUCCCACCUGAGGAUGUAUUUGUUGUGCCUGGUCAUUGUAGAAUAUAAAAAAAUCAGGGAACAUAGAGCAUGUCCGAAUAAACUAGACAUUAACAAUGUAUCCAUCAGUGGUGCUUAUCCCUGCUUUAGGAUAUAUGCAAUGCAGCAGAUGUAGCUUGGAGUUCAAAUAUAUAGAAUACUUAAAUAAAACUGGUAUAGUGAACUCUGUAACAUGGUAGGAAUAGAAUUGUCAACUUAAAUUUGAUCAUUCUCAAUUGUUUCUAAAUUUCAUCAACAGGGCUCUCUGGACUGCAUCAAUGUGGAGUUUGAGUAUGAUGAUGCUGAUCGUGCUACGGCAGAAUUAGCAGGUAAGGUACACAUUUAGCUAGGCAGCUAGAUUCCACCAUUGAUUGAUUAUUUUGUAUUAUGUACUACAUGAAUGUCAUACUGGGGAGAGAGAGGCAUUUGAAUCUACAAAUACCUUUCAGGAUAAAUAUUCUAAAAUAGAUUUAGGGGGAAUGGAACUGAUGGGAAUGUUCCUUACAGAAUACUUUGACUUGACUUGGCAAUUAAAGGAACGCUAUAGGGUCAGGACCACAAACAAGAAUUCCUGACCCCCCGUACUAUCAACAAUAGCACUAAAAUAACCUACUGAUGUUAAUCCCUGGAGGGGGCUAUCCCUCUGGAGCACUAAAGCCUAUGCGAGACACACCGUUACUGAAUAUACCUUAUUAAUGUGCCCAGUGGGACUUUUCUUAUUUGUGUAAACGGGCCCUUCAUGCCUUACACAAAAAUAAGAAUUUGGAAACCAUGCAAGACAGAGGUCUGACCUCUGGAGAUUUUGAAUUCAACCAAUCAUUGGUAGAUAUGCUUUCUGAACAAGACACAUCUAAUUCCCUAACACACUUUAAACUCUUGAGUUGGUUUAUUCCAAGUCUUAGAGAUUCCAAGUGUGGAUCUAUUUGUACAAAUGUGCACCAACAAAUUAGAGUCACUCUCUGGACUAACCAAAAAUCUCACAUGCAAAGAAAGGCAGGCACUUAUGUGCCUAUAUUGUCCUCCUGAAUAAGCAACACUACAUAGACAUAUGCAUGACUCCUCUAUCAGACACUUCCUUCUAUAAAGUAUAACGGAGAUCCUUUGUUAAAUUCAUUUUUUUAUUUUGGAGACUUAAAGGCAAAUGUGCACCUGGCAUGAAUGAACAAUACUUGUGAGGAACUGACUCUGCUGGGUUUCGAACCCUGGUUUACAUGGUGCUAAACCUCUUCCUUACCAGUACACCAGCCUGCCUUUUGCAAAUUUACCUGAGAUCUGAUACCAUUGCUUGUAGAGUCAAGGUUAUCAGUGACAACUCUCUUCAGCUGUGUCUGGUCAGGUGUCUGGUUCUUGGCCUAUAAAAGCCACUUCCUGUCUCUGUACCUUUGCCAGAUUAUUGUGGUUCCUGUACUCUCUAAUCAAGCAUGUUCCUGUUUCUCCUUCCUGUUGCUGAAUUUGGACUGUUUUGACUUUGCUGCUUCUCCUUCCCACUGACCUCGGCUUGCCUCACUACGAUUAUCAUCUUUCUGUUCCAGUCUCCCAUCUCUGCUUAAGACCAGAAGGCCACUCAAGGCUCAGGGGCUCAACCACCUGGGUAACGAGUGGCUACCUCUGGCAGAAAACAUUGCUGAUCUGGCUACUGGACUCCAAAACUUUGUAACAUCAAUAUCAUUACAAUACUAUUUCUAUUGAUUAAAUAGUUAAAACCCCUUCAGUUACUUGCCUUAUUCCAGCGCCGGGCUCCCUUGGCGCUGGUGACCUCUCCUCCCCCGCCGACGGCAGCUCCAUCAAUGCUUUCCUAUGGACGCUCUACGAGAUGGAGGCAUAAUAUGCCUCCAGCAUCGCAAAUGCGCCUCUAGGAAGAUGCGCCUCAGGAAGACAGCCACUAGAGGCUGGCUUAACCCUGCAAUGUAAACAUAGCAGUUUCUCUAAAACUGCUAUGUUUGCAUCUGCAGGGUUAAAACCUGAGGGACCUGGCACCUAGACCACUUCAUUGAGCUGAAGUGGUCUGGGUGACUAUAGUGUCCCUUUAAUAUAAAUAAUUGAGUCUCAGCAAUUUAACUGUAGUAAUGUUCUUCAUGCUUCCAAAGGUACAAAUGAACCUUGAAAAUACUCCUGCAAGACCCAUUGUAUUCUGGAAAUAGCAGCUUGACAGAAUGAGCCAGUAAAUUUAUAGAUGCCUUAAUGCUACCUUUGGCCUCCAAGUUAGUCCUUUUUGCGUGACACCAAACAAUCACUUCUAGUAUUGGAAAACGUGACAUUUUCUCCCUAUACCCUAUUAACCAGUCUUUGUUUCAUUAUACAACAUUCCUCAUGGAAAAGGUCUGAAAGCCUGUGCUUAUGUAUUUAUUUAUUUUUUUAUUAUUAUAGAAUUCAAAUCAGUUUAGUACUAUUGAAAAAUCAUUAAUUUUAGCCUUGCUCAAAUUCGCUCUGACACAUGAUUGCCUUACUUUCAAUGGAAAAUACUACCUCCAACUCAAGGGAACUUCUAUGGGGUCAGCCUAUGCGCCAAGUUAUACCAACCUCCUUUUUAAGUUAGUGUGAGGAAACUAUGGUGCACAUGUCUACUAGCUCAAAAUUUACUAAAAUUUUUUUGAGAUGAUCUCAUAUUUUAUGGACUGGCCCCAGAGCACUAUUUGAGGAAAUGGUGAUGUUUCUCAAUAAUAAUGACAUUGAUUUAACACAAACACAUGUCACAGACGACAGGGAAUUGGUGUUGUGUCCAUUGCUUAAAUAUGAAUCUUAAUCUUUUCAUUCACAUACAAUAAGUUACAUUAGUAUUUACAGUUUUUUUUGUUUUGUUUUGUUUUUGUAUUAUGGUUGAAUAUGUGGAUAGAAAAUACACAAUGUAAUUUUAAAUUUAUAUAUCUUUUUUAAUUCUUUUUUUUUUCGUACAUAGAUAAUGCAUGACAUAUUGACUCACAUUGCCACACCAGCUGUUGCCAGCAUUUCAACAUACAUAGAAGAACAUUUGUUUGGCAUGAAUAAUGUUGCACUUUUUUUGUUUAGUUUUUUUACAGUAGGAAGAGUAAACAGUAGUGUAAUGUAUACAAGUUGAACUAACAUGCUUAGCUAGCUAGUGUAAGUACCAAUGGGCACUGGUCGCUUAAAAUCAAAUAGAAGAGAAAUAACUGCCCUUAUGACUAUCUCUAAUUCUAAAAAAAGGGAUGAGCAGAGAGGCACAGAAGCUUAUAGAUGUGUCAAACUGAUUGUUGGCUGUGCAGACUAUCCUCUUGUAGGUGGUCUGGACCAGAACUAGCCCCUGACUCAGUCCUUAUUGUUCAGCCGAUGCCGGCCCUGGAGGCCUAACAGAUGGGCUGGUGUUUCACCUCGGCAGGAUACUGUCUCCGAUAGUCCCAGUGUGGAAAGGAAGCACGUUUGGUGGGGUAUGCAGAGUUCCCAUCGUGAGUGUCAAUUCUGAAAGUGCCCCAUAUUUUGAUUGUAGGCUGCUGCUCGUCUGACCUGGUGUUGCCGUCAUUUUUGGCUUCACACCCAGCCUUCUCCUUACACAAUUCGGUUGCACUGUGCUUUCACUGGGCCUGUUCAGAGUCACUGCUAGCUGGUGAGGUAGUCUUGGGCACUUUGUCUUGUUCGCUCCUGUGGCCCUGAGAGCAGAUUUUGGGCUGCCACUGUAGUUAAUGAGGCUACAGGAGUCUGGUUUUGAGAUGACACCUCUACAGCGCCAGCCUUGCAUGCGUGUGGAGCAUGUGGGAGUUCCUGCAUCCCGCUGUGUGACCACCUGUGUCGGGCUUUGUAGCUUACCCUCUGGCUGGGUCUCCCGGUUAGGUCGCAAACAGGCCUCUAGCUUCUCCCAGUAGGAGCUGAAUAUUGCGGCAAGCUGGAGCUCUGUUUCUUUCCUGGCAAUGCACAGAGCUGUGGUGUGGGAGGCCUCCGCCAGUUUAUGUGCCUCACCAGGGUCCACAGGACGUCGUGUCAGUGUUGCAGUCUCGUCACCUUGCUGGAGGAUCGAGUGAGGGUAGACCGGGAUAACCCCUCCCGGUCCAGGUGGAGAAGGGAAUGGGGGCCUAGAGCUGGUAGGCCUCGCCGUAAUUACAGGUGCACCUUUGUUACAUUGUCGCUUGGGUGGUUUCUGUGCGUGUGCCCCAGUAUCUCCUGUCACUUGGUGGCAUUGUUGUGCCAUUUCAGUGCUGUUUUGGUGUCUGAAAUAGCAGGAGCUGUUGAGGCAAGCGUCCUCUCAGCUCAGCGGUCAGGCCCGCCCCCUUAAAUGUAUAUUUAAUAUUAUUCUAGUAAGUAGCAGAGGCUAUAACAGAUGCUAGCAAUAACAAUGGAUUACAGUACAAUGUAAUAGAGAACAUGGAGAGACUACAACAUAACUUACAAAUGUCCAGAGCCCUUGACUGGAGCUGAGGAAUCUUAGCUGAUACUCUACAUUCUGGGCACAAUUAAUUUCUAUUACAUCUGGUUUUUACUCCCAAAGGGAUGCUUUCUGAAAGGUAACUUCCUUAGAGUAGGCCGGCCUAUGAUGUCACUGCCAGAAGCACAUCGCAUAAGCAAACCAUCUAAUGGAAGUUAAUCCUACAUACUACCCCUAGUGGUGCCUCUAAAGCAUUAACCCUAGUAUGCUUUAUUUACGGCAUUCAACAUUAUUUAAAAUCAUUACAAUUUGGUAUUUCUAGAUUUAAACAUUACCAUCUUGGAAGAUGGCGGGGUGGAAACAACUUUGUUUAGAAAAACUGCCACAAAUAGUUUGCUAUCAUCCCCGACAUUCGAGAACCAAUAUCCCUUAAGGACAAUAUUUACGUGCAAAGUGAAAUUGUUCCAGCUUGUCUGAUUUUGAAAAGGUGGCUAGGAGUUAAGAAAGAGAGAUUCGAGGCCUAAAGUUACCCCAGGGAAGCACAUCAGCUCAUGGCAAGUUCAGCAAAUAAAUCAGAGCGUCUACACAAGCCUUCCUGUAGUAGAUCUCCAUCCGUACUGCUCAAAAAAUGGGUACGUUUGACAAAUAUUGGAAGGUAACAAAAGUAUUCCUCAAGAAUUUUGAGACGUGACUCUAACUUGAAAGAUGUGAUUCUACCAUAUCCUUCGAUGAACUUUAGGAGAGCAAAAAGUCUCAAGGACUCAUGUGGUAACACCCACGAAAGGUAUUUUUAAAUGUGGGCAUUGCAAGACUUGUGAUUCUAUUUUGCCUUCCCUUCAGCGGUCUGUAAUCAGACCUCUAAAGAUGUCUCCGUUAAUGCAUUUGUGACCUGUAGCUUGCCAAAUAUGAUUUAUUUAAUCACUUGCGUUUAAUGACUACAUUACAUUGGCAAAACCAAUCAGAAAUUGUUCUGUCGGGUUUUGCAACAUGUUAAUUCCUUGGGACAAUUGUGUGGUGGUUUAAAUAUGAUUAAAUAUGCGAUGACUAUAUUCAAACCCCACACUGUUUGUAUACAUAUUUGUUUCCUUUGGUUUAAGGUUUUUAUCAUGCAUUUAUUUAGUGGUUUAGUCUUUUCUUCUUUGGUUCUAUAUACAGUCUUUUUCUGUUAUCUCUUUUGAUUAUUUUUUUUCUGUAUUUGUUCAAACUUUAUUGUAUUUUUCUUUACUGCUGAAGUUUAGUAAAGAAAGAUGAUCUUUAUCACAAUGUGAGCCUUCUGCCUGUGAUACAAUUCUUAUUUACUUAGCAUUCUUCAUUAUUUUCUUACCAGCCCUUUCUGAAAAAUUUGAUUACAUUAUGUACUCUGUAUAAUAUCUUUCUAUAUUUUUAAUAAUUCUUUCCUUAUUAUCCUCAAGGAACCUGGCUAUUUGUGUGGCCUUUAUGACUUUAUUUUUAUUAUUAUUUUUUUUUUAAUUAAGUAUUCAUUUCUACCUGUCUACUAGACUUAUUUUCUAGAGGUACAUGCAGAUUCAUUCAUUUGAACGAGUCCUGCUCCAUUUUCAAAGUGCGUUUUUUCACAUAAGUAAACCUGAUUUUAGGAAAGGUGCUGGUUAUAAGCUACACAACUAGGCUGCACUAUUGUCUUAAAGAGUAAUAAAAAAAAUAAAUAAUAAUGAACAGCAUAAUUACAGGCUUUUAGAACUGAUGUGCAUUAGGAAGGACAGUCCUGGUUGAAGGGUACAGUCCUGUUAAUUCUAUUUUGUGCCCUGUGGUCUUGCAUCUGGGGACAACGGCAAACUGUCCACAGCAUGUGAAGCACAAGUGCAUCAAUGACAUGUUUGUGCUGUGCUAAGAGCACUAGGACCAUGUAGCAGGGGUGGGCAACCUUUGGCAACCCAGAUGUACAUUUUCCCCAUAGGCGUGCGCAGCCUAUUGCAUUAGGGUGUGCACCCUAAAGCACAAACACACGCCGCGUGUAUAUGUAUGUGUCUGUGUAUAUAUAUAUAUAUAUAUAUAUAUACACAUAUACACUGCUGUGUGUGCUGUGUGAGGGUGGUUUGAGGGUGUUGUGUGUGUGUAAGGGUGCUGUGUGUGUGUGUGUAAGGGUGCUGUGUGUGAGGGUGCUGUUAGUGUGAUGUGUGUGAGGGUGCUGUGUGUGUGUGAGAGGGUGUUUGUGUGUGUUCGUUAGGGUCUUGUUAGGGUGCUGUGUGUGUCUUAGUGAGGGUGCUGUUUCUGUGCUGUGUGUGAGAGGGUGCUGUGUGUUUGAGGGUGCUUUAUGGUUGUGGGUGCUGUAUGUGCAAGGAUGCUAUAUGUGUGUGGGUGCUGUGUGUGUGUGGGUGCUGUGUGCUGUGUGUGGGUGCUGUAUGUGUGUGUGGGUGCUGCAUGUGUGUGCAGGGGCUGUAUGUGUGUGUGCGCUGUAUGUGUGUGUGUGCUGUAUGUGUGAUCUCUAUGUGUGAAGGUGCUGUGUGUGUGUGAGAGGAUUCUAUAUGUGUGUGUGUGCUGUGUGUGUGUGCUGUGUUUGUGUGGGUGCUGUAUGUGUGUGUGCUGUGUGUUUGUGGGUGAUUGUGGAGGUGGGGGUACAUUACUUAAUAUCCCCCCUCCCUUCUUACCUUAUGUAGGGAGGGGAGAUUCUUGUUCCUGCUGCUUUCCCUGGUGGUGCAGUGGAGAGUAAAUUCUAGCCCCUGUGGGGCUAGAGUUCACUCUCACGAGAUCUGAUUGGAAACCCGGAGUUGCUGCUGGUUGAGCUCCCUGGGUCCUCUCCUGCCUCCCUCCAUGCUGCAGUGGGGAGGGAGGCUGAGAGAAGAGCCGACGCUCGGAUAGCGCCGGCUCUGCAUGAGCCGACAGGGGAGAUCUUGAGAUCUUCCCUGCCGGUCUCACUCCAUAGGCGUGCCGUGGGGAUUAGGGUGUGCCCAGGCACACCCGGCACACCCUGUGCGCACGCCUAUGAUUUUCCCAUUAUGCUCUUACAGCCAUAAUGCAGGCAAAGCAUCAUGGGAGAUGUAGCCCAGAAAUCUGAAGUGCAAAAUAUUGGCUGAAAAUCACCACAGGGUCUGGAAUCCCUUACGCUGCCAUGGACUUAUGCACUAACACGUUUCUGCUUCCCUUGUCUCUCUAAUCCGCGCUGGGAAUACUCAAUGAAAUCACCACUCGGAUGGAUUAUCAAUAAGCAUUCAAAAGGUUUCAUGAAGUACAUCAUAUAUAUAAAACACAGUUUGUCUAGGGGUGACUACCUCAAUGGCAAUAUCAACCAAUCAUGGGGGUCUGUUAACAUCAAAUGUGAAAGCAUCAUCUCAAUAUAGAGUUUGCAAUACUGACAGUCGGGGUCGUAAACUUGGCGCAGACGUGCGGUUAGGUACUUUUCCAGUAUCAGCACAAAUAGUAACCGAUUAUAGAAACACUUAUACAUUACAAAAGUAAAAGUGGAAUACAAUUUGCACCUGCAAGGAAGUGGCAUGAGAAGACAUGGUUCAAACUGAGUAUCAAAAGUUUCCAACCACACAAGCAACAUUUCAUAAAUUUGACAAGAUGCAAGUUUAACUAUUUAAAAGGAUCUUAGAUUUUAAUCAGGCCCAUUGAUUAUUUGGCCCUUACAGCAAGACUGCCCAUUUUGUUUGUCACAAGUUGACAUGCAUGUUUUUCAGGAGCCCACCCUCAUGGACAUAACUAGUGACAUAACUCGUCACCAGCAAAUCCACUAUUGGCCCGUCAACCCCCACAUCCAGACCAUUGUUUGAUAGUGUGCUGCUGGGUACUUUCAUCCUGACUCCCAAACGUGUAUCUAUAGGGGAAUAAUAUGCAUGCUUACUCCCUUACAAAAAUGGAAGCUUCAUAAUGGAAAUAUGCAUCUAAGAGUUCUCAAUUCUACAAGGCCGUGAUGUAUAACACUAGUAUAUAUUCCAUCUCUGCAGAAAAAGGCUUUAUUCUAUGUGGAGGGGUGUUGUGAGCUCUUAAUAAGCACACAUCAUUCAUUAAGGAAUGCUUUAUAUUAAUUAAUGCAAUAUUUUCUUCUCUUAAGAGUUGUACAGCUACACAGAAGAACCAGAACUAAGACUGAACCAAAAGUGCUUUGAAGAAGCUUUUACCAGUCAAGGUAACAUUGCAACUAUCUGCAUUUGACCAGUCCGCCACCUCCCUCCCCCACCCUCCCCCUCCAUUGUGUUUUUAGAAUAAAGCAAAGCUGUCAUUUUGUUCCUCAUUCCCUCUCCCAGUUAAUGCUUUAAUGCAUGUACUGCAGUGAGGAGUGCAGCAUUUCUCUAUUCUGAGCAAAAUUAGUACCGUAUGAUGCUUUGCCAUCAAUAUAGAAAUACAGUGUUUUUCUAUAAAUCUACCAUUUCUAACACCAAAUUUACCACAUUUUGCAGCACUGUUUAUAAUUUCUGUUCUGGUUUUUAUAUUGGUUGGAGUAUUGCUUGUGUCCUUACUAUUUUUUUUAAUGUCCAGUGCUAUUACUAAAAGAGUGUCCGCCUAAUUUUUCACAUCAUUUGUCUCUUCUCUUUAGUGAAGAACAUCAGAUGGACAUCCUUAAGCUCUGCCCAGCACAGAACUCACAUAAUGCGUCUGCUGGAUGAUCUAGAGGUCGUAAACAGGGAAAAGCGUCUCUCAGCAGCUAGAGCUAUUCUGUACCUAGCACAAGGUAAUCUGAAACAGUGGCAGGAUCAUCCACUGCACUGUAAAUUGGAACAGAGUAUUUAGUUGAUUUUGACCCAAGGUGUCCACAAUGCAGUCCAAUCAAACGGUUUUAAUUUUAGAUGUAUUUGUUUUUUUAAUUUAAUGUUACUUUUGAAACGUUACUACAAGCAUCAUGUCCACUUCAGAGAUUUCAGAGUCUGUAUGUACACCGUUUGUCUUUAAGCUGGGUGUUGUCACUGGCCAUUGAAGACACUCGCCGCCUAGUGGGGACCCAGGUAAAAGGACAAACCAUUGAUUUGGCUCAUUACUGGGAAACAGGGCCAGGGUACUCAAAGCAUCAUAAUUACUACUGCCCUCUUUAGGGGUUAUGAUACUAAGAGUAAACCUUUAAAGGACCACUAUAGGCACCCAGACCACUUCAGCUUAAUGAAGUGGUCUGGGUGCCAGGUCCAUCUAGGAUUAACCCUGCAGCUGUAAACAUAGCAGUUUCAGAGAAACUGCUAUGUUUACUUUAGGAUUAAUCCAGCCUCUGGUGGCUGUCUCAUUGACAGCCGCUAGAGGCGCUUCCGCGCUUCUCACAAUGAGAAGAUGCCAGCGUCCAUAGGAAAGCAUUGAGAAUACUUUCCUAUGGACUGGCUGAAUGUGCGCGCUGCUCCGCACAUGCGCAUUCAGCCGAUGACGGCGAGGAGGAGGAGAGUUCCCCGCCUGGCGCUGGAGAAAGAGGUAAAUUUAACCCCUUCCACUCCCUAGAGCCCGGCGGGAGGGGGGCCCUGAGGGUGGGGGGGACCGAGAGACCCUAUAGUGCCAGGAAAACGAGUAUGUUUUCCUGGCACUAUAGCGGUCCUUUAAGCUUCUUAAAAAUAUCACGUUGGAUCAGAUGUUGGCUGUUGGAUAAAAUGCUGUCUAUAAUUUUUCAGGAUAAAACCAGUGCCCAUUCUUCCAAUUUGCUUGAAAAUUUAAUAAGCCUUUUGUCACAUUGUCUACUAGCUUAAAUCAGUGAAUGUUAUCGAAGCUGGGCAUUGGGCUCAUGCUUAGGAUAGUCAGGUGGUUGCUUAUGUAUUUUAAGUACAGUAGAUUUUACAUUAUUAGAUGUACUACAGCCUGACACCAUUCCCUGAAAGGGGGGCAAACCAUUUUGCAAUGACUUGCCACUUACUUGGGUCCUGGCAGGCACCAAGCAUCAAUAAAUUGAGGAUGAUGUCAUCUCCAAUGUCUGCAGAGAGGUCGUAAUCAGAUUCUGAUCCUGCCUUUCAUUUGUGUUCUGAGAGCAACAGCUGAGUGUUCAGAACAGAAUGAACAAUUUUUGGAAAGAAUUAACUCUCAUUCCCAUCUGGCUAAUUAAAGCUGUCAGAGGUGGAGUUACACCUAUUGUGGUUAUCUGUAAUAUCUCAGUAUGUGCGGUGUUUCAUAUGUACAGCCCUUGCACCAUGGCCCUCUCAAUAUACUAAAUUGGUCAUAUUGUUUUGAUUCAUUUGUUUGACGUCUGCUCUUGGCAGGAGCUAAAUUAACAUGGGUAAGCGGCCUAACAGCCAUGUUUUAUUCCCUCCAGGCGUGUUUGGAGAGUGUGACAGUGAGGCGGAUGUCAUACACUGGUCCCGAUAUAACUGCUUUCUCCUUUACCAGAUGGGAACAUUCGCGGCAUUUCUCGAACUAUUAAACAUGGAAAUUGCGUAAGGAUUAAUUUACUAAUGUACCGGUAAUCUGUCAUUUCAAAUCUCAUUUUGAACUCUGUUUGGAAUGGACACAUACUACAAAUAAGAGUUUUGUAUAUCGAGAUGUUAUGUGAUGAGAAAGGGACCCUUAUUUUCCUGAUGAGUUAGUGGAGCUCACGGUUUGGCACUAUCAUUAUCUCCUUGCACAAUAUUGGGUAUCUCAAUUUGCACUAUUUAUGCAUGAUCUAAAAAAUGGCAUUGUUCUUGUAGUCCCUUAUUGCAUUUGGUAAAUGGUUCGUAAAUUAGAUUAAAUUGGCAACAUAUGCAUGAUUGCUUCUGAAUGCAUAAUAAUUUCUUAUUUCUAGAAAUAGUACAUUUUAUUUGUAAAAGAUGCUCAAAAAUGAUACAAGGCAAAACUAAAUUUAAAAAAAACAAAACACUGUAACUAAGCCUCAGUAUGGGAGUGAUCUCAUUACUGGUGCGGUAAAGGCAUAUAUUUCAAUAAAUGAGCAUUCCCUCCAAACAGAGUGAUUUGUGAAUUCUUGAAUUUUCUUGGUCAAAGCCAGCCAUCAAAGAUUCUGGGUUAAAGCAGAUUUUGGAAAAAAAUUUGAACUUAAUUUCCUCUCCCAACCAUGAAUAUACAGAACUGUAUUAAUCUCCUUCUCUCCCUUGUGCAGGAAUAGUCAAGCCUGUAGCAGUGCUCUAAGGAAGCCAGCUUUAUCUUUAGCAGACAGCACGGAGCUCAGGUAAGAUUAUGUGCAGGCCUUUUUAGUGAUGCCAUUUUGGUUCAAAGUACUAUUGACUCCCUUUUUUUUUUUUUAAAAAACUGCAGUUUUACAUUUCAGGAUUACUAGAAAAGGACCACUGAACCCAGACCAUUUCAUUGCACUGAAGGUGUCUGGUGAUUUUUAAUAGUACUUUAAUGACCAAUUCAAUUCUCUCAAAAAAAAUUAAAGUAUUUGGUUUUCUAUUUUAUCUGUUUUGCUGCACGUCGAUAAACUGGAAUCCAGUCUAAUUCAGAGGCAGUAUUGCAAAAUCAAGAUAAAUUACCUGAAGCAGGUACUAGAUUAUUUUUGAUAAUUUGGACAGAGGCCUUUGGACAUUAGGUAAUAACCUGAAUAGUGUCUAUAGAAAAGAUGCUGUCUUUUUCUUGGUAUGUCAUCAAUAUGGGUGUGUGAAAUAUUUCACCAUGUCUUUAGCAGUCACAUUUGCGUGUUAAUCUGUAGCUUGAUGUGUGGUCUGGCAAUUGAUAAGACUUUCACUUCCUUUUGAUAAAAAGCUUUUUCUUAGGCCUGCAUCUGUUUGCUGGAGUUACAAAAUAUAACUCAGCCUGUGCUGGAUUCUAACAUGACUAUCAACAUAGCUUGUCACAUUUUAAAGAAAUAAUAGGGAUGUUCAUGGGCAAAAAAUUUGGUUGGGUUCGGAAAUUCGGGUGAGUAAAAAAAUUUGUGUACUUCGGCAAUUUGGAACUUUUGUAAUUCGGACCCUAAUCGUAACCUCUUAUUUUGCCACUUUUCAUAAAUCCGAAGCACUUCAGAAAUUCGGCAUUUUGAACUUCGGACAUUCGUAAGCAUCUGAAUGUCCAAAUUGCACGAAAUUCAUCUAGUUCAUAAUAAUAUCCUUUUGGGUACGGAGUCCCACUAAAGCAAUGCAGACUUGUCAGAGCACAGUUUACAUACACUGGACAUUCACGCUACAUACAAAUGAUUGUCUCUUUAUAGCACUAAAUAGAUUUGCCAGGUCCACAGUGUUUAAUAGAGGAAUAUCACUUAUAUAUAAAUGAUGGGCUAUACGAAAUACGUGAUGUCCUGCAGUAUGUACUAUUCAGAUACUGAAGGAAAGCAAUUGUGUCACUAAUCUCUGAGGAAUACCGUAUCACGUGAAGUGGCAAUGCUACAUUUUAACUUGAUUCUGUAGACUGUUACACAUUGGUUGAUGAUGCAUAUUGUAAUCUUUCCUUUGUUACAUUCCCUAUGCCAAAAACCUUACAAUAUCUGGGAAUAUGACUGAACAACUUCUGAUUCUUCACAACCCGUGAGAGAUAGCUUCUCAAGUGUGGCCAAAUUCUGACUUGUAUUAAUUAUACUAUAAGUUUGCUGCUUCUUAUGUUACACACAGGGUGACUUGCAAAUGUUGUGUGGCCCAUUUGAUUAGAGAGUUGAUAACUACAAAGUUUAAUUUUGCUCCUUUUUGGCACAAUUUCUUUAGUUUGUGUUUUUUUGUCUUCUGUGCACUUACCGUCAUUAUUUUUAAAGUAUGCUAUUUUCACUGUUUUUUUCACCACUCUAAAUUCGUCAGUCAUGCAUAUUCCUGUGAAAAGUGUCAACAUUAUGGAAAAAAAAACAACUUUUUUUAAAGACCAUUUUUAGAACUAUUUAUCAAAUUGAAACGGUUUCAAGACCAAUCAUAAGAUACUUUUCAGAACACUUUGAUAACUUUCCUCCUUGUUAUUUAUUCCUAUUUUAAAAACUCAUAAAUAAACACACAGUUCUUGUUUAAAUUGUUUUCUCAGACUGCAUGGACUAUUACAAGGUUUCAAGUAGUAGAUGUGACCGUUACCACUGGGUAACCGGCUACCUAAAAAUUUCCUAUUGAAAUGGCUGGUCACAUUCAGAACACAUUUUUUUUUUUUUUUAGUUCUCAAAGCUGUUUAUUAGUUGCAGCAGUAAAAUACAAUGUAAUGGACACGCAGGUCCCAGCAAAAUUUGAGUAAUCAACUCAUAGCUGCGACAAUCAAACAGGAAAUAACAGACACGCAGGUCCCUGCGAAAUUUCAAUGAUCAACAUUUAAACAGUGGUAUGUUAGUAAACAGAACCUUAGAGUAAAUGUGUACAUCGAGCUGGUUUAGUCAAGAGGGUGCUAAGGUUGCUAUUAUGAAUUGGUAUAAUUAUAGGUCGUAGACUGAAUUCGGCUUAUUGGAGGUUUUCAUAGUAACUUUCUGAAGCAUUGGACUGUGCUUCGUGGGGGAUAUGAGGGUUAUUAAAGGGCGUGCAUGGUCGUGUAAUAGGUUAUGCUCGGGUAAGCUGUCUUGUUGGUCGAAUGUGUCCUAUUGUGUCCAGUAGGGUUAUUAGAAGUUGUCUCCGUCUUAGCUAAUUGGGUAAUAUGUGCAUGUCUGAUUUCUUCGGGGCGGUCUAUUAUUGAGGUCUGUUUGUCCUGGGAGAUCAUCUUAUGUCAUUGGGGUGGCUUUCCCCAUACUGUUCCCUAGGUAGGUCGACGUCUUUGCUGAGUCAGCUGUAUGAUUACCUUAACUAUCCCCUUAUCGCCUGCAGGCCUCAUCCCCAGUAAGAUGUUGGAGGUUAUUGAGCCCACUUUGGAGGUCAAUAACUGUUUGUAUAUAUGUUUACCCUGUUCAUGUUCCUAGAUAUUGUGGUUGAAGUGUUCGCCCCUAGACAAAUUAUUGUGAAUAAAUAUGUAGUGUAUCUGUUGGUAACCUCACGUUGAGUUGAACUGCAUCAGUUAUUCAGUCAGUUUAUGCAUCAUCGUUGGAUAACUUAGAUAGUAGAGAAAUAGGAAAAGUAUAGAGGGGGAUGUUGAAGAAGGGAUGGGUAGGGGAGGGUGUGGUGGGUUAGGAGGUCCCAUUGCCUGUGCCUGUGGUUACCGCGGGUAUCGUAUCGGGUCUCAUUCUCUGUCCAGGAGGGGGUGUGGUGGUCUUUGGAUCCUCUGGGGUUCAUUCCUGUCUGCGUUUCGAUCCGCUAUAUAGAGCAGCCAUGGGCGCCAGCGCUCCACAUGUUUGUCCUUAAGACCCAGUAGGGCGGCCUGUGUUGAUUCUGCACCAUAUAUCUUUUCCACCCGCUCCAUCCAUUGUGCUAUUGUUGGAAUAGCCGUCUGUUUCCAGUAUAGUGGGAUUAGUGCUUUGGCAGCGUUCAACAGGUCUCUACGAAUGUUUUUCCAAUAUGUCCCUAUAGUAUCAGGUGUGGAGUGCAGGAGAGCUGCCCCCGCGUCAAGUCCGUCUUCUGAGGUGCGUACUGCCUCUAGGAACGGUUUGAGUACCAGAGCGAAGAGCAUGGGAGAUAGCGGACAUCCCUGUCUCGUCCCAUUGCGGAUUGGGAAAGACUCUGUAAGCGCUCCGUUCACUUUCACUUUUGCGUUGGGGCAUUGGUACAACGCGCCAAUCCAUGAUUACAUGUUCUCUCCGAAGCCCAGUUCUCGAAGCGUGGCCAUGAGGAACGUCCAGUCCACCCUGUCAAAUGCUUUCUCCGCAUCCGUCGAUAGUAGUAGGAGUUUAUCGUUUGACCAUUUUGCUAGGUGAUGGAUGGACUGUGCCCUAAGAGUGCUGUCCCUUGCUUCCCUCCUGGGGAUGAACCCCGUCUGGUCAGGAUGGACCAGUUUCGGUAGUAUUGCACCAAUUCUGGUGGAUAGAAUCUUGGUGAGAAGCUUCACAUCCACAUUCAGCAGUGAGAUUGGUCUGUAGCUACUGCAUAAUUCGGGAUCCUUCCCCGGUUUCGGGAGGACUGUUAUGGUUGCCGCCAGGGACUCAUGUCAGAGUUGGGCGCCAUCCACUAGCGCGUUGAAUGCGUUGGUGAGUUUCGGGAGCAAUAUGGUUUGAAAUUUUUUAUAGUAGUCUAGAGUAAAGCCGUCAGGUCCCAGUGCGCUGCCCAUUUUGGCGACCUUGAUGGCUCCCGCUACUUCUGCUUCUGUGAUCGGUGUAUCUAGGCUCUCCGACUCCCCAAGGAGUAGUCGUGUCCCUACGUGGGAUUCAAUGUAGCUCUGUAUCUUAUCAUAUCUGUCAGCCGUCUCCUCCGGGAGUGUCGGCCCCGGGAUGUUAUACAGCGAAGUGUAAAACGAGCGGAACUCCGACGCUAUCUUGUCUGGGAACUGUGUGACCGUGCCGUCUGAAGUUCGUAUCCUAUGGACCUGGGUCAUACCUUGGGGGCCUCUGAUCAUUCUGGCCAGUAGUUUCCCUCCCUUGUUGGCAUGUUGAUAGAAAAAGGCCCUCGAGCGCUGUAGAGAGCUAUAGUGUCGAGCCGUUAUGUGAACACAUUUUUUUUUUUAUCUAGAAGAAGCAUACUUUUUGAGAGCCACACUUUUUUUUUAUUUUUUUAUUCUUUCACUGCUUUUUCUUGAUCCGCUGGAGAUUUGCUCUUGCAGCAUAUUGUCCGCCUGCUACAGUGUAACUUAAUCCAGUAAAGAUGGAGAUCACCCAGUUCUUUAAAAGGGAAGUAAUAUAGUACGUUGCUCAAACUUGUGAAUUUAUCAAGUGCUCCUACCUUCAUACUUGCUUUGUAUCCAACCACCACAUGGAACACAUCUGUAUAACUUCCUUGAUAAGGAAAAUAUCUUGCAUUUAUUAUGACUGGAUACAGGGCCCCAUAUAGUCAGAGAAAAUGGGAUCCAACAUUGCCUGAUUGGUUUUCUCUCAUUCUAUGGACCUUUUUCCAUUGGAGUUGGUGGGGUUGUUGAGUAAGCAGGCUUCUAGGAUAAAUAUUUGUAGAAGAAGCCUGCACAUUGUAUAUUACUUUAUUUAAGUGAUGUGAUGUUAACCUAUGCUUUCUGCUUCUCAUAAGUACAGUGCUAAAUGGCUUUUCCUCUGUCUCCCUAUCUGUCUCCCUAUGCAGAGUGAUCCUGAGUGUUAAGUAUCUUCUAGUUGAAACCAUACGUCAAGAGCUUGAGAGCGAUGACUCUGAAUGGAAUGUCCAACGGGAAACAUUUCGUGCAGAGCUAGGUAAUCUAUGUCUUGCUUUGAUGUGUUUGGAUUGGUGAUUUUAUGUGCUGGGAUCUGGCUACUAUGUCCAGAACCAAAUGAAUUUCAUUCUAUACGAACAGGCAAAGCUCAAGCAUUGGAGUAAAUGAACUCCACUGAAUUAUCCAAUGUCCUGUGUUCAGCAUGUGUUAUAAAAAAGUGUAUGUGACUUACAAGCCAAUGAACAUAAAAGGACCACUAAAGGCACCCAGACCACUUCAGCUCAAUGAAGUGGUCUGGGUGCCAGGUCCCUCUAGUGUUAACCCUGCAGCUGAAAACGUGUAUGUUUCACUGAGGGUUAAUCCAGCCUCUAGUGGCUGUCUCACUGACAGCCGCUAGAGGCACUUCCGCACUUCUCACUGUGAAAAUCACAGUGAGAAGACGCUGAUGUCCAUAGGAAAGCAUUGAGAAAUGCUUUCCUAUGGGCGGUUUGAAUGUGCGCACGGCUCUUGCCGCGCAUUCGACGCUGACGUCGGCAGAAGAAGGAGAGUUCCCCAGCGCCGAGGGAGAAAGGUAAGUGUUUUAACCCCUUCAGCCCAGCGGGAGAGGGACCCUGAUAGUGGGGGGAGACCUAAAGACCCUAUAGUGCCGGGAAAAGGAGUUUGUUUUCCUGGCACUAUAGUGCUCCUUUAAUAAAUAAUUUUGAGAAAUAGACAGUACAGUGUAGAACUUUUUAAUGAAAAGUGCAUCAGAUUAGGUCUGAAAUUGUACCUCCAUUUUAUACAGACCUCUAUUAAAUGUAUGUAUUUAAAUAUUUAUUUUAUGUAUUUCAAGUGUAUGUUAUGGAUCAUUAUAAUUCACCCCCGAACACAAAAUUCAAUUUCAAACCAUCAAUGCAAUAGGGUUGUUAUAAACUGUUUAUUAACAUGGAACAUUCUGCCUAUUUAGUAUUUGCUACUUAGCACAGUUUAUUUGUCGCUAAAUGAGUAAUAGCCUUCAGGUUAAUAUACAAUCUUAAAAGAGAUGGUUGUUAUGAAAUAAUUAUUACAUCCUCGGUCCUAAAGAUCUUAAUUAUUAGAAAGUAAGAACAUAAUUGCUUCUCAUUACUAUGUUAACCAUCAGUGAUAUCCAGUGCCAUUAUAAAAAUAUGUUCCUAGUACAAGACUUUGUACUGCUAUGAAAUGUCUGAAUGAGGUAGUCUUAUCCUAGAUACAAAUGUGGUUCUAUGCUUACAUGCUGUCAUACUUUCUCUCAGCUUUCCCAGUACAUAGUGAUGAACCCUUCGCUCAUCUUCUUUUCACAAUGGUGACCAAGUUCUGCAGUGGUCACUCUCCUCAUUUUCCUAUGAAGAAGGUCUUGUUGUUGCUAUGGAAAGUGAUAUUGGUAUGGUUAUUAUUUACUUAAAUUACUUUCAAGUUCUAGUUUGUAUUUGUAUUGCACUCAUGGACCCUAUCAAUUCUCUGGGGAUUGUUGUUUUUUUUAUAUAUAUAUAUAUAUAUAUAUUUCUACUUUGUUUCACAUAGUUGAAACUUUAAAUAAUUGAAUUAAUAUUUAUUUAAUUAAAUGAUCUAAUGACCUUUAUAAAAAAAAAAUGUCUAUCCGAUUAAAAUGGACAUUCCACAAACCAAAUACCAACACAUUAAUAAAUAAAACAUCAUUAUUUAGUAGGUAUUUAGUUAGGCAUUUUUUUACUGUGGAUAUAGCUAAAUAUUUCUUGCGAAAGCUGCAGAUCCCAUGUCUGAAGCCUUUGCAAGCCCUUCUCUUCUAACUCGGAAUUUCUGUGGCUACCCAAUCACAGGCAUUCCAAUGCAAAAUUCUUGGAUGUUCAUCAGUCUCCUAAAGCAGCAACGCCAUGUAUUUUUAUUUUUUUUCCCAUGUUCCUUUCAAAAGUGAAGAGCCAUCAGGUCCUGAAGAGUAACAAAAUGAGGACACAGAUAGCAUAAUGGAUACAGAGCCCUAUAUGUCAUUCUUUCCAAGUCUCCCUGAUAUUUUACCUUUGUAGUUCACACUUGGAGGAUUCUCAGAGCUUCAGAAGAUGAAGGAGAAGAAAAGAUCUGAGUUGGGUCUUCCACCACUCCCCGAAGACAGCAUUCAGGUGAUGAAAAACAUGAGGGCUAUGUCACCUCUCUCCUAUGGCAUAGAAUUAGGGGAGCAGCAGAAACGAGGUCGGCGCAGCCGGAGGGUAAGUUUUUAUUUUCUUGUGGUUUUUUUUUUAUUUUCCUCAAGACACAUGAGCUUUUCAUUGACAUUGGGAUAUUGUUAAAAGGAGACAAAACAACUUUAGCUUAAUGCAGCAGUUUGUUGUGUAUAGAUCACGCCCCAGCAGUCUCACGGCUCAAUUAUCUGCCAUUUAUGAGUUAACCCCCUUAAGGACGGCGAGCGUACUAUGCCGUCCUUGGGGACCUGGUCCUAAAUGCCGGCGGGCGGCAUAGUACGUCCCCGCCGUCCUAUGCACUUACAUGCUCGCAGGCGAUCGCAGUGCGGGGACUUACCUGGCACUGGAUUCUCCAGUGCCAGGAAAACAUAUUCGUUUUCAUGGAACUGCAGGACCCUGUAGUGCCCCUCUCCCUCCCACCCCCAUCCCAAGUUGCUUAAGGGGUUAAAACUCCUAUAGUGACUUACCGGAGUCCAGCGCCGAUGUCCCUUGGUGCUGGUCAGGCUCCGCCUACUCUCUCCCCCGUCAGCCGGCGGGAGAGACCUAAUGCGCAUGUGCGGCAAUGGCCGUGCACGCGCAUUAGACCUCCCCAUAGGAAAGCAUUAUCUCAUAGCGUGAGGACGUCCAGCGUUGUUUAAACACUUUUCGUGUCUGAUAGACAGCCACUAGAGGAGGACCCUGCAAGGUAAAUAUUGAAGUUUAUGGCAUGGUAUGGCAGGGUUUAAGGGUCGUGGGAGUUGGCACCCAGACCACUUCUAUGGGCAGAAGUAGUCUGGGUGCCUGGAGUAUCCAUUUAAGGGAUUAAAUCACUUUUGUUUCUGUUUAUUGAGUCCUAGCCACACCUCUUUGGCUGUGGUUGACACAGUCUGCAUUAAUAAAAAUGGUUUAAUUUAAAAAAGUAAAUAAUAUGUAUUCUUUAAUUUUGUUGUACAUAUGAUAACAAAGCAGCCUACUAUGCCAUGACUGCAAAAGCAAGCACAAUAAUAUCAACAGAGCAGAACAUAGGCAUGACAUUGAGAUUACUGCACAAUUUUUUAUGAUAUCAAGAGAGUUACUAAUCUGAGUAGAGACACAAGAAAACAUGGCAUGAGUAGAAGAAUAUAUGCAAUAUGAACAAUCAUGCGCCAGGAGAUGUGUAGAAAAGUAAAAAUAAAUAAUCCGUAGCAUAACCUGACACAUGCUGCUAGUCAAUGCCUUAUUUUCUUUUAGGAGUGAUAAUAAACCAGCUAGACAAAGCAUUGGUUCAAAGAUUAGGUCCACUGACCGCAGAAACUAGACUUUUACUAUUCUGGUCUGAAAUGUAAGGAAAUAACAUAAAUAAAAAUAAUGGUUUAAAUUCUAAUCACAUGUUUCUUUACUUUAUAAGUUUUUAAUCUCCUGAUUUGUUAUUUGAACUUUAAUCACAUACAGGAGGCCCCUGUAGAGUCUAGAAGGCUAUUAACAGAGCAGGAGAUAAGAAAUGUAAACUUAAAUAGACUGUGCAAUAAAGGAAGUUUAAACAUUAGAUCUCCCUGUACAGGAAGUGCUUAGCUAGCCUAUGUAAGUCACAGGCAAGUGCUGCAUAAACAAUAUGAAGCAAAACUCCUAAAUGGCAGAGAAUUGAUCAGUGAGACUGCAGGGGCAUGUGCUAUACACCAAAACUACUUCAUUUAAGCCAAUGUUGUUUUGGUGUCUAAAGUUUCCUUUUUAAAAAUUUUUUUAAAUAUAUUCUUUAUUUUGCAGUGCAGGUAGUUGCAUCCACGUUUGCGAUGCCACGACAGCAUCAGCAGACAAAUCAUAAACCUGUUUAUUGGUGCAUGGCAUGGAAAUACUUUGCACAGUUUUUUUUAAAAGGAAAAGUAAGUUUUGUAAAGCGAGAUAAAGAAGAUUAGUUAUGAGCUUUCACAGAGUAAUAUUAAUUAAUUAUGCAGGUAGUUACUUCAGUAGGAAGAGUCGCUAACUAGCUGCGCCUCACUGCACGAAUUCUGUCUAUCACAUAUACUGCUGUGGAUUGCCUUUACGCUUAAUUCCUUAAUGCUUAUCAGGCACUAGCUAACAGUUUGCUCACAUGCCGGUGUAUGUUCAUUAGGUGUAUACAAGAAAUAAGCGUAGGGAGAUAUGAAAUUUGUGCAUGGGGAGAUCCCAUCUGGCUUACAUUGUCACUAUAGCUUAGGUAAGCUUUUUUUCGUCUGAGCAUGACAGUAGUUAGACGUUCGUGGGUAUUGCACAGUUUUAUAUGUGAUAACAUUGCUUCUCUAGGUAUUGUUCUAUGUUGCUGAACAUACAAGGUAAGCUGCAAGAUUGAGCAGAGCAGGGUAAUGUAUGUUUAGUGCUGUUAAAGUUAAUUGUUGCUGUGGCAGGAUGUGCUAGUGAGGGCUAUACUGGUUUAAAGUUAUGUAGGUGUGAAGUAGGUUGCAUGUGUUGCUUUCCGGACUGAGGGAUGCCAAUCAGUGAUCUAUGAGUGCCGUGGGGUAGGAACAUAGUGUGCCUUGCGAUCUGGCUGAGUUGAAAGCUACAGAGGGCAGACUAUGUCGGUCAGCCGACAUGUGGCAUAACAGGUAGCUGGUAAUAUAGUAGCUGAGAUCUAAACCAAGAACAUAAACAUAAACAUACAAUGUCUGCCCGGUGAGGCUAUUGUAAUGCAGUACAGUGUUCAGUACUGAGCAUCUCCCCGAUCUCAGCCAGUGUCCGCUGCAGGUCUUUGGACGACCGGUAACGCUCCAGUCAUUUCUGCUCUGGAGACCAGGGUGGUAGCGGGGGGAGAGGCUGCUGCAACUGCUGUCGUGUGGGCUAUUGCCCAGGGUCAGUCUUGACUGUGAGUCGUGAUAUUGUGGGGGCUUGGGCUUCAGUGGGUGAUCACCAGUCUGUAUAGUGUAUGCAAAGUUAAUGGUGUAAAGGAAAUGGAAAGUCAACGAAAGUAUAUACAGUUUCAGCCUGUCGGGGCCGUUGUAGCUCCCCUCUGCCGAUCCUUAGAGGGGGGUGAAGCGUCGUAUUUUCUCCACCUCCCAGCGGUGUGACUGCGGGGGAGGUCGCUGUGGGUGUUCUGUCAGGGAGAGGCCCAACGCUUGCAGGAAGGGGUCGAGUGGCAUCGGUGAUGCGAUGUAGUGUUCCAUCUUUAUGAACUUAGGGGUCGAGUGGCAUCUUUGUUAAACUCUGCUUUCAAUAGAACAUUUUCUUGAUACAGAUGUACGAUCUGUGAAAGCAUGCGAUUCUGUUUAUGCACAAAGUGUUUUGUAUGAUUGUAGUUGUGUUUGGCGAUAAGGUGGCACCUUGAAGUUUUGUUUUUUUAACCCAUUAUGGAAUUUUGUGAAACAGGACAGUCUGGACCUAUAUAACGAGAAGGACCCUUUCAAAAGCGAAGAGCCAUCAGGGCCUGAAGAGGAAGAAAAUGAGGACACAGAUAACAUAAUGGAUACAGAGGCCGAUAUGCAGGAGAGGGAUUUAAUUUCCCAACCAUUGAUAAACCUAAGAAAUAACACAGAGAGAGUGAGCUUCCCUAGGGGCCUUCCCUGGGCACCUAAAGUCAGGUAUGAUAUUUAGCAUGCAGUAACAAUACAUAAUAAAGCAACAAGGGGUAUUAGGUGAGCUGGAUAGAGCAUAUGAACAGGGUGUAUAUAGAGAUGGACUGUUGGUGAAACAAUCAUGGCGUGGCUCGCAGCCUGCCUGAGAAUGCUAUUGGCUUUAUUUUAUUACAUUAUAAUGUUAGAACAAUCUAAAAUCUAAAGUUUGUAGUAGCUCUGAUAAAUCGGUAAUACCAACCUGGGCAUCUAAUUUUAUAAACAUUGUGUUAUGUUUAAAGAGUUACUCAAGUAUGGUCAUUUGGGAACCACCUUUUAAUUGGUAAACAGCCAGUGAAUUCUGAUGUACUUGACAAUUCAGCCAGCAAUUUCAGAAACUAAAAGCACAAGUAUGUGGACUUGUUUGGGAUGUGUAAAUGUUGAAUGUUUUGUAUGUCAGGGAGAAAGACAUUGAAAAUUUCUUGGAGAUGAGUCGUCACAAGUUCAUCGGUUUCACUCUUGGGCAGUGAGUAUCAUAUAAUUUAAGAGUUAUUUUAAGGCUAUACUAGCAGUUUUUAACAGUAUAAAUAAUUAGUCAUAUUUAGAGUGAAAGUAGAUAUCUGAUCUUAUUUUGUGUGUCCAUUUGUUUUCUCUUUUAAUACAGUAAAGUGUUGUUUAAAUAGCUUUCUUUUAUUGAUUGCACACAUUUUAUUAAUAAUGUUUGCCUUACUCAGUGACACAGACACCUUGGUGGGGUUACCUCGUCCUAUCCAUGAAAGUGUGAAGACCCUGAAACAGGUAAAGUAUCAUUGAGCCUUUUGUACAUAUCAUAGCAUGAUAAAAAACCAGGGGUAGGCAAACUUCGGCACUCCAGAUGUUCUGGACUACAACUGAUGCUUUGCCAGCCUGAUGGCUGUAAGAGCAUUAUGGGAAAUGUAGUCCACAACAUCUGGAGUGCCAAAGGUUGCCUAUACCUGAUGUAGACUGUUGUGUAAAAUAAGUCCUUAUGAAGCUUUAUUAUAAACCAACCACAUAAUGACAUCACAUGUAUUUUCAUCCUAGCACGACCCCCAAGUAGUCUAACCUCUAUGAAGCAUGAUAUUAAGAGUAAUUACUCUAUAAUUUACAAUAAAGUUUACUAAAUGUGCUAAGAUUUGUUUUUCAGACCUAGAAAAUUUAGUUGUUAUCUAAAAAUGUAUUUGCUUUCAAAAAUCAUUUGCCGAUCUGUGUGGGUAGUUUUUUUUUUUUUUUGUCAAUCUAUUUUGUUGUUGUUAUUUACUUUAUUUUAUCCUUUAGUGACCCAAUCCUCUACUUGUUUGUAUUACAAACACCCCUUAAUUAAAAUGUAUGACCCAAUGGUGAACCACACAUACAAGCCACAUAGAUCACUUUGUUUAGUCACGCAGUCUGUGGCCACCAACUGGCAACGGGGAAUAUCCAUUAUGGACCUACAGCAUUGCAAACCAUGCCAUAACAUUUGUUUCUUUACUAUAUUUAAUGUUUUCAAUGAAGGGCAAGAGAUAAGUGAAUAUAAGCGUAUGAUCUAUUCUUAAGUUAAUGAAAAUUUUCCUUUUUUCCUUCAGCACAAAUAUAUUUCCAUUUCGGACAUUCAGACGAAGAAAGAGAUGGAGCUGGAGCAAUGUCCAAUUUUACUGGUGAGGGUCUAACUUGCUAUGAUCUGCAAAGCCUAAUAAUAACAAUGUCAAAAUGUUGAGUUGGAAAAGUCAAUUCAUCAUAGAGACACUAUGCCCAGGUCUCUAGACCCUCAAUGGUGACUUUGCCGCUUGGUGUCCCAUGGCUGCAGGGAAAGGGGAGUUUUACUUACCUAAGCCUAUCACUUGCGGCUACAGCCAUGGUCUUCGUGCUGGUCCUCUUCAGCUCCUGGCACUUCAUCUGCCAGGAACCCUCAUUACUGCUUUAAUCUCGUGCAUGUGCAAGAGCACUGAUGUCAAUGGAGCAUCCAAUGAGGCCACAAGAACCUCCAUAGAUAGUCUUGCAGUAAGCUAAAUAUAUUCCCAACAAAACAUCUUUUGUCAAGUUUUGUCAGUCAGAGAAAAUUACGAAAUAGUCCAUACUUUAUGUAUUUUAGGAGAAAUAAAUUGAGAGUGACACUAUUUAUUGCUUAGAGCAGGGGUAGCAGCCUUCGGCACUCCAGAUGUUGUUGUGGACUACAUCCCCCCUAAUGCUCUUACACCCAUAAUGCUGGCAAAGCAUCAUGGGAGGUGUAGUCCAAAACAGCUGCAGUGCCAAAGGUUGCCUAUGCCUGGCUUAGAGUAUCUCUUUAAGAUACAUUUUGAAGUAGGGAAAACCAAUUAAAAAUAUCUUUGACAAUCCAUGUCUGGUUCAUGCUAGUUAGGACUAAUGCCCUUCUGGGCUCUGACUGGGCUAGGGCAUGAUCCUGCACAUAGCUCUUGUUACAUCCUUUAAGAUCCAUGUUUCAUUGUGGACUCUGUGCAGAAUUAUUUAGAGCAUGUAGGCACUUGUUUUGAUGCUGAAGCAGAACACCGGUUAAGCCUGUUUUUCCUUUCCCGAAACUGAGAUUGCUGCUUGCUUCCUCAAAUCUGUGUGCCUUUGACCUUGAUUCCUGUUUGAAAUGUUUGUUGCUGACUUUGGUUUCUGGUUCCUGGACAUUCUGUCAACUUUCUAAUCUGUGAUUUUGUUUUUACUUUACGCACAACUGUCAGUACCACAGGCACUGUACUUGUACCAACCUUUGCCAGCAUGCACACCAUGCCAGCUCCUGUUCAGUGCUGCAGUUCAAUUUAACUGUAUCUAUUUUCCACCCAUAGCACCAUACAUACUCUGUAAAUAUUUGUUUAUAUUUUUAUAAACAAAUUUUCAGUUUUACAUUUAAUAGUUUCUAGAAACCAAGUGCAACGAAAGAAAACCAACUCAAAAUAGAUUCACUUAUUGGUCUCAAAUACUAAAAUGCUCAAUAUGGGGGCGGAGCCUGAUCUCCCUGCAGGGCAGACUUGCUGAACUUGAGCUCCCGAACACUGAACUACUUUUGGUGUGAUAAACCUGGUAAAUCGGCUACCAUUCUACACUAACGGGCACUAACUGGCAAGGGGCGACUAGACAGACCCUGAAAUGUAAAAGAAAUGGAGGAGGGGAAGUCUGCGCUAAAAAGCAAAAGAUAAGAGCUGCAACCCUAAAAAAGGGGAUCCCUCAGGAACCCUAAAUAGUAUAAAAAGAAAAAAGGGGGGUGAAGGGCUGCGCUGGAUAAAAAUAAGUAAAAUAUAUAAGUAUAAAAUAAGUAAAAAAUGCAAUAAAAGAUAUAAUAAAAAAGAUAAUAUAAUAAAAGAAUUCAACAGAGUCUGUGCACUAAUAAAAAUAGAGAAAGUCAUAAGAGACGUCUCACUGAUAUGUAGAUAAGCUGUGUAUGAACAGUCCUCCGAGAUUAAUCCUUCCAAGUUUUCAGGGAAUCCGUAUAUGAAAGAUAAAAACACAACAGGCUUCAAAUGGUAUAGUAUGUACUGUGAGAAUUAGCGAAAUAAGGUAAAAUGGAGAAAAAUGCACUCACAUUUGUUGGAGCUAUGGACCAGCUCUUAGUUGUAAAGCACUGUUCCUGUUUAAAGCAAUCCACAGGUGGGGAUUAUUCCACCGGCGCAUUCUAAAUAGAGCAGUAUUUCCUGCUCUACAAUUGUGAGUAUAACCUAUUUUAAUUUAUUUUAUGUUUACCCUUCCUACUGAGAGCACUAUAUUUGUUUUUAUAUACCGUGGGAAAUUCUACGUUGCCCAAGCUGGACGGAGUGACCUAUCCUUAAAGAAUAUCCAUUAGCGGGGAUUAUACCGCUAAGUGCUUUACAACUAAGAGCUGGUCCAUAGCUCCAACAAAUGUGAGUGCAUUUUUCUCCAUUUUACCUUAUUUCGCUAAUUCUCACAGUACAUACUAUAUCAUUGGAAGCCUGUUGUGUUUUUAUCUUUCAUAUACGGAUUCCCUGAAAACACAUGCAGUAUUUACAUUACAGCUGCUUCCUUGGACGGUGCUGCAGAGUAAGCCGCACUGCCAUUCAGUGUCUCCACCCUCUGCAUAGAGACACUGAACUUUCCUCAUUGUUACAUAGCUGAAAAGAGACUUGCGUCCAUCAAGUUCAGCCUUCCUCGCAUGUUUUUGCUGUUGAUUCAAUUUAUCUCUGUGAGGAGAUGCUGAUUGGCUGUGUUUGAUUUGUGCUGGAUCUGCCUCCUUGACCGUCUCUGCCAAUCCUAUGGGGAAGCAUUAUGAUUGGCUUAGACCACCACUUCUGAUGAUGUCAGCAGGCAGUGUCAGUUCAAGGGCAGAGGCAGCAGCUUCAGACUUGAUUACAAGUACAAAAUUACUAUAUUUAGGGAGGCAAUGGGGGGCCAGGGGGCUAGAUGGUGGUUUUAACAUUAUAUGGUCAGGAGUGCAUGUUUGUGUUCCUGACCCUAUAGUGUUCCUUUAAGUUAUUUUCAUAUUUACACUGCCCUUAUUCCAGCUCUGAGGUUGACAGAUGUCUGGGUACCUCGUGUGCUGGUUUCCUCUGGGCACCCAGGAUGCAUUAUGGAGGAAGGCACUCUUCCCUGCACCUCUGAUCCGGGCACUGUAACCCCACCCCUUUUAUAACGCGAUGUGUGCGCAUUGUCACAGUAGGGCAGAUUCAAUAGUUCGUCAUGUUUUGGGGGCUUGACUAUAAGCCUUGUGAGUCAUAUUAUAAAUAGUUUGCUGAAUGGUUAGGUUCUAUGCCCUGUUUUGGUUCCUUCUUGAUCCCAAUAGUGCGUUUUAUAUAGUAUAUUUGUCUUUUCUGGAUUAUUACUCGACUAUUACGGACUAUUCUACUUUCUGGUAUCCUUGACCUAGCUUUUGUCCCUCGAAUUCCUUUCUGGCUUGUCUUUUGAAGAUUUCACUGUCCAGUGAUGUAUAGCCCGUCCACUCUAUGGACUGGUAAUACGUUAUAUGGUUCCAUCUUCACGCUUAAAUCGAUACCAUUUAUGUGAUGUGCACUCUCACUACAGUUUAUUUUAUUUUUUUGACUAGCUUCUUACAUCAUUGGCAGUAUCCCCACAUUGGAAUCACUGAGAAUAACUAAAGCCCAUUAUUCACUUACAGUAUACAAGUGAAAGUUUACGGUUUAUGCAGUGUCAGAAAGAGAGACAUUUUCACAUAUGAACAGCAUUGCUUAUUAUGGAGAUCUAAUCUUGAUAAUUUGCCACUUUUAAUACAAUUUGUACUACAUUGUCCUUGAUUUCCUGUUAGAUGUGUGCUAAAGAUACACAUGUGCUCUCAGUUGUAAUUUUGUCUUUUGUAUACAUUCUAAGCAUUCUAAAUCAUAUCUUGUUCAGUACAUAUUAAUGGUAUCACAUUUCUCUUGUCUACAGCACCAGAGAAUACAUUAACCAUAUUGAUAAAUGAUUAGUGUUUAAAAUAUAAAUAAAUAUUUAACCCCAGAUUGCAAGCUUGUCUGAGAAGGAUCCCGUUCAACCUAUUGUUCCAGUAAGAUUUUGUAAUAGUUUCUUUUAUUGUUAAAUCUCCCCACCUAUAAUAUUGUAAAGUGCUACGGAAUAUGUUGGCACUAUAUAAAUGCUAAUCAUAAUAAUAAUCUUGGUCCUGCUGCAGGGUGAAGAAGAGGUGGAGGAAACUCCCUGUGAGUGUCUGUACAGGGCAAUGCUGUUAAACAUACCUCAUUACAUGGUAAGCGUGUCUUGAAUUGGAAAUGUUUCUGUAAUUGUACUCUACUGCCCUCUAGCGCAGAAAGUACAUAAUUGCUAGAGUGUACGUGUCUAGUUACGUAUUUUAUCAAGAGGCUGGUAAGAAGUGAAUCAUUCCCUUGUCUUCCUUUUAGAGGAAAUAAAGUGCAAAUGUAUUUAUCUUUAGAAAGACCUGAUUAUCUUAUUUAAUAUCAGUCAAAGGGUGAGUGGAUUUUGGUACACUACAAAAUAACUGGUAAUGCGCAAAAAGUCUUUGACAUACAUUUUUAUGUUUAAUGUAAUAUUGUAAUAAAAUGUAACAGAAGAAUGCAUAACAAUGCAGACACUGUGAAAAUAUGGAGAAUAAAGUUAUAUUGAGAAAAGUCGAAUUAUAACUUCAAUGAAUUUCUUCAUCUCUAAACACAAAAAGGAUGACACUGAAACCAUUUGGUAGUUCACUUUCAUAACAAAUCUGAGUAUUUUUGCAGAAAACUACAAUGACAAUACCAAAACGUCCAUACAGACAUUUGGGACUCCUUGUUUAAUCCAGUGAGCAUUGGUGCCUUCUCUAGAGCAAGUAUGUUAAAGUUGUGGCCUGUGGCCAAAGUUGCGGCCCACAAUGACCAUCUUUGCGGCCUGCCUGCCCUGGAGCCGCUUUGUGCUGUGGCUGCGACCAGCCGCAAGAUAGGAAAGAGCUUUCCAGUCUGUUUCCUGUCUCCCUUGCCACAGCCGAUCGUGUGCUGCAGCGGCUGCAAGGGUUCUAAGCCUUGGUCCACCCCCAGCCGCCGGAUAUGCGCAUAGAGCGUGUGAAGUCAUAUGCAGAGUGGCUGGCUGUCUGCAGAGGAGCAUCUGGCCUGCUUGAGAGGAAAAGAGCAGAGCUGGAACUGGAAGACUGCUCAUCUUAAGGUUAGGGGAAUAGGGGCUUAGGGGAGGGAGGUGGCAGGUAUUAAGUUGAGGCAGGCGGGCAGUAUAUUAGAGUGGUGGGAGAGGGGGCCGUGUAUUAAAUUAGAGUGGAGGGAGGGGGGGUAGUGUAGUAGAUUAAAGGGCAGUGUAUUAGAUUGGGGGAGGGGGCAUAGUAUUAAACUGGGGGGGGGUGGCAGUGUAUUAAAGUGGGGGGGGCACUGGGAGGUUGUGUAUUAGAUUGGGGAUGGUUGUGUAUUAGAUUUUGGGGGCAGUGUAUUAGAUUGGGGGAAGGUUGUGUAUAAUAUUGGGAGGGUAGUAUAUUAGAUUAGGGGUACAGGGCAGUGCAUUAGAAAGGGGCAGUGUGUUGGAUUUGGGAGCAGUGUAUUAGAUGGAGGACAAUGUAUUAGAAUGGGGGGAAGGGGCAGUGUAUUAGAUUGAGUCUGCAUGGAGGCGCUAAAUGCUUUCCAUGGAGAUGCUGAUUGGCAGCGCAACAUUUUGCCACACAUGCACAAUAGCCUCCCAGUGCUUCCCUAUGGUAGUCUGAUGAUCUCAGCCAAAGUGCAGAACACACUCAUAUGACUUCAAAAUCAACAAAAUAACGUCAUUUGUUUUUUUACAGCUUUGCAACAGCAUACAUUCACCAUUUCAGUCCCAUUACCAAACUUUUUUUUUUUAAUAUGUCAAGGUAGGACGGAAACAUUGGUUAUAUGCAAAUGUACGUCUCCUUAAAAUAAAUUUGCUCUUUUGUUUACUUUGAAGACCUACAAACAUGAGGACGUCCAGUAUCAGUUAGGCAACUGAAGUUUGAUUUUUUGCGGCGCACACAUAAGCUUAAACAAUGUUUAUUUGGCCCGUGUUAGCCUUACAGUUUGCCAUGCUUGCUCUAGAGCAGGGGUAGGCAACCUUUGGCACUCCAGAUGUUGUGGACUACAUCCCCCACAAUGCUGGCAAAGCAUCAUGGGAGGUAUAGUCCAAAACAUCUUGAGUGCUGAAGGUAGCCUUUGCCUGCUCUAGAGAAUCAAAUUAUUUAUCGUUUGGCACUGGGCACAUGAUUGUUAUCAUUCUUAGACUUUCUAACUCUAUGUGAAUGCAUUUAUUGAAACUAUAUCUUCUCCUCCUCAAAUGUGAUGGGCUGCUCAGUAGUUUUGAAACUAUAGCACUGUGGGAGAUAUCCUGCUUCUGGUUAUUUAAAACCCUAGUGUUUGGUUACUUUGUUUAACUCUGCUUUACACUUCUGUUUCACUCCUUGACAUGUAUAGUUGAAUUAUCCUACCUUUUGACAGAUUGCCCUGUUGAAGAUCCUUCUGGCUGCUGCUCCUACCUCUAAAGCUAAGACUGACUCUAUUAAUAUUUUAGCUGAUGUCCUGCCCGAGGAAAUGCCGUGAGUAUUGCAUGAGUGUGCCCAGCAUUGUGUAAAUAGUCAACUUGCUUUGUGACCCCGUGGAUUGACCAAAAUUGUUUUAGGAAGAAAUUUAGUGCAUUCACUUUUUAAUCAAUUUCUUGGUUUAAGUGGCUCACAUAAUCACAUUGAUUGUGUUGUCAUUUCACUGAAAAUCCAGCCCAGCCAAAAGAUCUCAUGAGGCAAAGUAGGGACUAAUUUGUCUUGGUAUAUUUUCUCUGCUUGAAAAAAGGCAGUCAAGUCUUGCCAUAGCUUAUGAACCUGUGAUCUCACUGGAUUCUCUGUAGACCUCAAUGUUGUACUCGCGCAUGUGCACAGCUCUGACAUCGGUUCCUGGCAGCUGAAGAGCCAGGAGCAUAUGAUGACUGAACUGAAGAGCUAACUAUGCCUAUGAGGGACAGGUUCAGAAAGUAUAACUCCCGUGCACCACCUGGGACACCCAUCGCAAUGUCAGAUUAUGCAAAGAUCUCAGACAGUGACAGAGACGCCUUAACACCAAUUAAUACAAAUAUUCUACCCACACUGAAAUUCAGUGAAGUGUGAAAAGUUACAAACCGCAUAAUUCAAAUCAUAUCUACAUCCAAGAUAAUACAGCACAAGAUGAAAGACAAAAAACUAGGGUCCAACUAUCAGCACUUUACUAUCAGCAUUACCCAAAUGAAGAUCAGCACAGCCUAUGGGACCCCAGUGUAACUAUAGAUAAACAAUCUAAAACAUUGCAGUUCCUAUUCUAAUACUAAACUGCAUCUGUGCUUGUGUUGCAGACUUUGUGUUGAUAUUUGUUUUGUUUAAUGUGAAUAUUUGCACUGAUUCCUCCAUGUUUCCAGGAUCACAGUGUUAGAGAGUAUGAAGCUGGGGAUUGAUGUGAAUCGCCAUAAAGAGAUCAUAGUGAAGACAGUCUCCGCUAUUUUAUUGCUUCUGCUGAAACAUUUAAAGUUAAACCACAUCUACCAGGUGAGCUUUGAAAAUUGGAAUCUGCCAACCUUUACAGAAUGCGCUAGAAAGUAUUCUACAGGAUUCUUCUUCAUGCUCAGUAACAUGUCUGUUCCAUAUAUAUAUCAUACACAAAGAGAGAUUAUUAUUAUUAUUAUUACACUUGAUUCUGCCUAUAUUUGCUGGACACUCUCUCUCUCGUACAAACAUGAUGGUGGCUUUCUGCCGCCAUCUAGUGUUACAAUGUUGACAUCGUCAUAAAGCUUCACUGUGAUUUAAAAAAAAAAAUAAAUGCUGGAAAUAGACUGUCACAGAAGACUUUUGAUAGUCCUGCUCCUAACCAAUGUUCAACUCCCUGAACCUCUAGUCCACUAUAAGGUGCUGCUGGAAAUGAAAUAUUGAAUGACAGAAUAUUGAUAGCCGUUACAAGGGGUGGCUGAAAGACUGGGCCCGGCAAAGCAUCUCUAGAGUUGCAGUUCUAAGCAGCUGGAGACCUACCUAUUGGAUGUCUUAGAAUAAUAUGUCCUCUUUGAUAUAUUCGGCUUGUUCAUUUGGAAGUCUACAGACCCUAAGCUUUUUUACGUUCCUCACUAGAGUGCACUAAAUAACCAGACAUUCGGUUUUAUUAAUAGGAAUUGAUAUAAUGUGUCUAUAAAUAUGUUUUUGAAUAAUGUGCUAUCCGCUGACGUGAAAAAUUAGACAAUACCGUUGCAUACAUCCUUAUUCAUGUCUUAUGAAGUAUUGAUCUUGUUUUAGAUAUUUGCAGCCACAAUCAGUCCCUCUCUUUAAUAUUUUGCAGUUUGAGUUUAUGUCUCAGCACCUGGUGUUUGCCAAUUGCAUCCCUCUGAUCCUGAAAUUCUUCAAUCAGAAUAUAAUGUCAUACAUCUGUGCCAAGAACAGGUGGGAGUGGUGAAUGGUCUAUAAAGGCCACUAAUAUUUUUUACUGACAUGGAACAUUAAUUGCCUGAGGACCUCACAAGAUGACGACCUUCAGAUUAUGUUAAAUAGUUCACCUUUGUGUAUUUGGAGUCCAAUACAGAAAAACUGUAAAUGUCGUUGAAGCUAUUUGUGUUAGAAUUAGAAUCAUUUCCUAGUAUGUUAUCAAAGAUGUGAGCCACAAAUAUAUAUGAUCAUAAUGUAAAAUGCAUUAAAGUGUCAGUAAUGUCUUAAUAUAAAUUAUUUUUUUAUAAAGUAGCACAUUGCAGCAAGUCUAAGUUUGUAUGUUCUAUUUUAGCUCUAGUCUGUUAUAUAUUACAAUGUACUGUUGCAACAAGGCCUGCAUUUUAGGAGUAACAGGUGAUUGCAGGUGCAGACAGACAGGAGACAAAUAUGUGACCCAUUUGAAUUCAAUACUGUGUUAAUAUAAAUGGGACCUAGUUCAAACCAUUACUGUCUCUUUAAAAAUGUUUGGAAAGAGUAAGUCUGGAUUUAAUCAUUGUUUUUUUUUCUCUAGUGUGUAUAUAAAUUUCAAAGAUGUGUCUUUAAUUAAUUGAAUGUCUCCUCUUUCUAGUAUUUCUUCUUUAGAUUUUCCAUCAUGUGUUCUCCAUGAGUUGCCAGAGCUGACCGCUGAGAGUUUGGUAUAGUAUAAAAUAGAAUUUUUGGUGAUCCAUUUCAAGAGUGGUAGUUGAAAUUUACCGACAUAAACAAUUUCUUGUUCCAUUUUGUAAAGAAGCGAUUAAUGUUAAGCAUGUCUGGAAGAGUAACUAGUAUGAGAUGUGACAGAAGAGGUUGUGGGAGCCAGUAAACUUUAACUGUUAUCCAAUACACACUUGGUAUAGCUGAAAGGGGACCUAAGCUGGCACUCUCAGAGGGAUAAAUUUGCUAUAAAAAAAAAAAAUGGGUUGGACUAUGUUUCCUCUAGGUUUACAACUACUAUGCCAUUCCUCUUUAUUACAUUUUAUAAAGUGAACCAAAAUUGUUAAUUGUGUGCUUUAAUUCUGUAAUUUUGAUUUAUUUAUUUAUUAACAUGGGAAUAAUUAUGGAGCAUGUACCGGACUGCAUUAAAAAUCAUGCUGUCCUUUAGAAUGCUUUGUUUAGAAGCAUCCUUUAUUGAUAAUGGGUAAACUUGUUUGUGUCAUUUGUGCUGCUACUGACAAAGGUUUUUUAAUUUUUUUUUAAUAGUACAAAGUUAAAUUUGUGGAUUUUAUAGUGCAUGCAGAUUUUGGAUCACUUUUUUAUUUAUUCUAUUUUUAUUUGUUUGUGUUAUUUUCUUAAUAUAAAUUUUCUUUUUAAAAGUCUUAAAGAUAAACUGUGUAAUAAAAUUUGGUUUUACAGAUAAAAUAAUAAAAAAUAAAUAUAUAUAUGUCUCAGAAAAAUAGGUGCACUCACGGGUUUUUUGAAGAAAUACUUUGUGCUAUUUAUUGCAUGUAAGCAAGAAGUGACAAAAAUAUAUAUUAUAUAUUAUAUAUAUAUAUAUAUAUAUAUAUAUAUAAAAUAUAUCGGGGGAAAAAACCUUGUAAAACAAAAUAUGAACAGGAAUUUGACUUGUAAGAUCUGUGCAGUUAUAUAGGGGUUUAUUUACAAAAUACUUUAAAAGAAAUGUAAUGAGGAAUCGCAGUACUCAGACUGAAACCAAAUUUCAUAGGUUAUUGUAAAAUGAAAGACCAAUUCUACAAAAAGAUAGAAAAUGACACGCUUUACGAAGAUCUGCUGUGUUCAGAGAACAGCUGUUUGUUUUUUUUGUUUUUUAAGCUUACAUAGUUAACUUUUUUGUGUGUUUGUAGGAAACUGGGGACAACAACCAAUUCUGUUGGAGGAAUCUGUUCUCUUGUAUUAACCUGCUACGCAUCCUUAAUAAACUUACAAAGUGGAAGCAUUCUCGUACCAUGGUCAGUGUCUAGUGCAGAGACUUCAUCAUGUUUUUGGCCCUUACUGAGCUAGAAAAAUAGCCCUCUGUUUAGCAAAUAUCAUGGUAGAUAUGCAUGGUCUGUAUGCAUGUAUACAAUUUACAUGGAGUUCUACUGAUUAAAUAUCUUUUUUUUUUUUUCCAGCGUUAUUCAAAGUUGGGUUGACUUGUAAUACAUUAUAUAGACAAUGAAUGUAAAAAUAUACAGUACUCCUCUUUGAUAUUCCUGCAUUUGCAGAAACGUUUCAUGAUUUACAGCUUCUUGUCCUCAUCAAUACUAUAUUUCUAAUUAAUUUGUGUGAAACGUAUCCCAUGAACUCCAUCCCAGAAGAGGUUCAUGGACUAUGUAUGUCAACACCAGAUAAGAUGGAUGGCUUUUUAUCAACUUGCGUAUAACUGCAUUCACAGUUAUGUGAAUGUUAAAAUAGGCAAAACUGUAGCUCCAGCUCUUUCACAGUAGAUGGUAAAGAAGGUGAUUUCUAUUGUGUAUUCCUUGCUAUUGCAUGCAUGCAGUACCAGUUCUUGGAUGAGAAGCUGAAUUCAUAAGCUUUCUCAUGUGUUAUUUGCUUGUGAGCGCGUGGAUGCAUAGGUUAUAGGGUUUAGAUUUCUGUGCUUAGCUGGGAUGGAUUAAUCUGUUUCAUGAAACCUCUUUUUAUUAUUAUUAUUUUUUUCAUCAAUAAAGACUUUUGUAAAUCUUUCCAUUGCUGGCUGGACAGUCAUUAUGAGAAACUGAAUAUUGUUCACUUUAUAAUAUCCACCUUUUUAUUAUUCCUGAAAGAGCUCCCAAUAUCCUCUUAUUUGUAAAUGCUGAUAAACAUGGCCAUGCUACAGACCUAUUUCAUAAUAUUUCUAGAUUGCACUCAUUUAUUUAUAGAGAAAUACACUUUAGAAUGUUGUCUUUUUUUAUUUUUUGUUCACACACCUAGAAAGAAUUGACUUGCUGGGUUGAGGAUAUUUGAUCAUAAGAUCAAGUGAUUAUCAAACUCGUCCACAAGGACAAUGGAACUAAUUUUCAGUGCAGAUAUUAAUAUAACAUGGUCUGUUAGUGCUUGCCAAGUGGUUUAAGAAGCAAUGAUCUAAAACCACUAUAGGAACUAAAGUGCAAAAAAUACAAAGCACUUACAUAGACCACUUUAAAAAAAAAGGGGGGGGGGACAUAUCUUCCCAGAUGUAUGACUCAGGAGAUAAAACAGGGGAGAUAAAAAUAAAGUAAAAAAUACAUAGUGUAAAACUGACAAAAAAGCGAAGAAAUGGUAUAAAAAUAAACCCAUCAACUCACAAAAGUGGAGCAGUAGAAGUCUGCUCUCACUGUAAUAGCCCAGAAAAUAUCAGAAUGUAGGACAGCAGCUGGAUCAUUUUCAAACCUUUAUUAGCAGCAUACAAUAAAAAUCACGUUGGCUCCGUCCUUGUAUGGCCAGUCCUCAGACCUUUGUUGAACUUCUGCAGUAUGUUCGGGCACUGGAACACGGCACAAAGCUUCCAAAGGAUACGGACUCACUUGGUGCGUCCUGAUGUUGUACGUCUGACAUUAGCUUUUUUGUCAAUUUUACACUACGUAUUUUUUUCUUUCUUUUUAUCUCCCCUGUUUUAUCUCCCGAGUCAUACAACAUCUGGGAAGAUAUGUCCCCCUUUUUUUAAAAGUUAUCUAUGUAAGUGCUUUGUAUUUUUUGCACUUUAUUGUAUCACUUGGUCACUUUAACACACUAUAUAGUGUAUAAAGUUUUUACACUUGCAAAACGCUUUUGUAUGAGUAUAUGCCAAUCAAUGUAUGCACAAAUCACUUAAAGGCACAGCACACUUUUUUCUUUUCUAUUGGUAUACAGAGUGAUUUCUGGAGCUAUUUUACACUUGAUUAGUGCUGCUUGCCUUUUAUGGUAUUAUUCAUUUUUCACUUGUAAUUAUUCAUUAGCGCCUUCACUUGAUAUUUUUUGCACUAUAGGAACUAUACUAUAAAAUAUUGUAUCUACUACACAUAUGUAAUGUUCAAAUAUAUUCCUAUCAAACCCUUUCUGAAACUUAUGCUAUUUUGUUUACUAUGAUUUUUUUGUAGAUGUUGGUGGUAUUUAAGUCUGCCCCCAUUUUGAAACGAGCACUUAAAGUCAAGCAGGCCAUGAUGCAGCUCUAUGUACUCAGGCUACUUAAGCUACAGACCAAAUACUUAGGUCGACAGUGGAGGAAAAGCAACAUGAAAACGAUGUCUGCAAUUUAUCAGAUGGUGCGUCACAGAAUGAAUGACGAUUGGGCAUACGGCAAUGGUGAGUAUAAUCUUAUUUGCAAGAAUUCUGAAGUAAAACGACAUCAACUCUUAAGAUGCCUUCCUACAUCGUAAGAUGAAAAAAAACAAAAAACUAGAUCCAGACAAAAAUAGUGGUCAAGUCCUCUUUCUAGGCUUGAUUGUGAUCUGCAUUAUAACGAUGCACAUUAAACUAGAUACAAGAUUACUCCCUUGUAGAUCUGGAUGCCAGACCAUGGGACUUCCAGGCUGAGGAAUGUACUUUGCGCGGAAAUAUUGAGAGCUUCAACAGCCGGAGGUAUGAAAAAAACCCAGGUUGGGAGUUUACACCAGUUGACAACUGUCUGCAGAGUGUUGUGGGGCAAAGGUUGGAGCUUCCUGAAGAUUUCCAUUACACGUAUGAGCUCUGGCUGGAAAGAGAGGUCUUUUCGAAACCCAUCAACUGGGAGGAACUUCUUCAGUAUUCCUGACAGCCAACAUAGAAGUGUAUUUUAUACUUUUAUUAAACAUAGACGCCAUUUUCUAAAUAAAACUUUGUAUGUCUAAUUGUGAUUAAAAUAUGAUUAUAAUAAAGGUCAUCUGAUACAAA